UUGCAAGUCCGGAUUCACAGGCAUUUUGUUGCAAAACUGGCUUGCUGUCUUCUGUUUUCUUUUCUGUGUCCUAAGUGGCUGCAUUGUUUGUUGCAGUAUAUGCAUUAGCUAUCUGUGUUCAGUUUCUUGCAGCCUGACAGAGUGGGAGGGGCUUGCUUACUCCAUGGCUGAGUCUCCACUGUGAGCUCCUUACUGCACGUUGCAGCCAUCUUAAUUACACUUUUGUGCAACUGAGACUGUGCAGCUGUCUCAAAAUGGCUGCUGCCCACUCUCUGUAGCUGCUUAGGCAGCAAGUAUGCCUGCCAGUGAAGAGACUUGUCCAUGCACCAGGAGCUGAGAUUCAAAAUGGAUAGUGUAGAAGAACCUCAGAAAAAAGUCUUCAAGGCUCGAAAAACAAUGAGAGUGAGUGAUCGGCUGCAGCUUGAUGCUGUGCACAAAGCCAAAGAGGAGCUGCUGAGGACUGACGGGAAGCUGCUGAAUGGGAACCAUGAGAAUGGAGACUUGGAUCCCACUUCACCUUUGGAAAAUACAGAUUGUAUUCAAGAUAGAGAAGAAGUGAAUGGAAUUGAUGGGAUUUGUUUUGAAUCUGAAGAAAGUAAAACAGAAUGGAAAGAAACACCUUGUAUCCCCAGUGUUGGUGUAAAAAACAAGCAAGAAGAUUUGAAUAAUGAAGCUUUGUCCCCUAGUAUAACUUCCGAUCUUGCUUCUAAAGUAACCACUGAACCACUUUCUGGUACCCCAGCCUCUGACAACGCAGGUUGUGGUACCCUAGCCUCUGACAACCCGGCCUCUGAUAACCCAGGCUCUGGUGAUCUGGCUGCAGGAGAGCUGGCUACGAGAGUCCAGGAUGCUGCUGAGUCUGCAGACUGUGAGGAACCUCCCUCCAGUGAUCCCUCCUCUAGCAAUCCCUCUUCCAGUGACCCCACCUGUAGUGACCCUACCUGUAGUGACCCCAUCUCUGGAGAUACUGUUUGUGAAGAACCCGUCUCUGGUGAUCUUGUCUGUGGUGAUUCCGCUUCUGGUGAACCAGUUGCUGGUGAGCCAGUAUCUCAUGAAGCAGCUACAAGUGAGGCAGCUUCAGAUGAGCCAGUCACCAGUGUAGUGGCAUCUUGUGAACUUGCCCCUGGGGAAUCAGCUUUGGUUGAUUGUGCCACCUCUGGUGAUUUGCCUUCUGAUGGUCUGCCUUCUAGUGAGGAAUCCCUUCAUAGGUCUGUCUGCAGCAGACUGGCUUCUGGUGAACUGACUCCUGGGGAUCUCUCUACGGAAUCAGCCACUGACACUUUGAAACCAAGUUCAGUGCCAGUUUGUGAAACAGGUCCUGACCCUGACAAGGCAGAGCAGAGUAGCAAUAACAGUGAUGAUUGUUCAGACAAGAAUGAAGACAAUGAAAACUUAGACCAAAUUCAAAGGAAAGACUCAUUUGAUGAGGGAAAGAAAGUGAGCAGUGAUGUCAGUGAGAAGGAAGGAACUCUGGAAACACACAGUGCAAUUAUUUGUUCCCAUCUACCUCCAGAGACUCCGAAGAAGGUAGAGGAAGACCCCAUUGCUGAGCCUGCUCUUGAAGAAGAGGCCAUCUCCAGCAGCAUGGAAGUUGACCAAAGCGAGAAGGAUGGGCACAAAAGUCCAACAGAACUCGUAGACGCUGUGAGUGAGAACCCCACCAAGGAGGACAAGAAGGAGACCAUCUUAGACAACACAGAUUCGAUGGAAACAGAUGAGAUCAUCCCUAUUUUGGAAAAACUUGCACCCUCUGAGGAUGAACUCAGUUGCUUCUCAAAAACUUCUCUCCUUCCAGUCGACACAAGUCAAGAUUUGGAGGAUAAAAUGGAGGCUUCUUUUGGCUCGCCCUCAAAACAAGAAAGUAGUGAGAAUUUGCCAAAAGAAGCCUUUUUAGUCCUUUCUGAUGAAGAGGAUAUUUCGUGUGGAAAAGAUGAGUCUGAAGUUCUAGCACAGAAUAAGAUGAGUGCUCCAGAGGGAGAAAAGAAUGAGAAGGACAGCAAAGCAGUGGAGGAGGAGCGAGUGCGAGUGCUGGCCGAGGAGCGACUGCCGGCCGAGGAGCGACUGCCGGCUGAGGAGGCCAAGGAGCAAGUGCUGGCCGAGGAGCGAGUGCCGGCCAAGGAGCGAGUGCCGGCCGAGGAGCGAGUGCCGGCCGAGGAGCGAGUGCCGGCCGAGGAGCAGCCACCCUUGAGAAAUGAAUUUUCCAGGCGAAAACGUUCUAAGUCAGAAGACAUGGACAGCGUGCAGUCCAAACGCCGGCGAUAUAAUGAGGAAGAAUAUGAGGCUGAGUUUGAAGUAAAGAUCACAGCCAAAGGAGACAUCAACCAGAAACUUCAAAAGGUCAUACAGUGGUUGCUACAAGAAAAACUGUGUGCCCUGCAGUGUGCUGUGUUUGAUAAGACGUUGGCAGAAUUAAAAACACGAGUGGAGAAGAUAGAGUGCAACAAGAGGCAUAAGGCAGUGCUCACCGAGCUGCAGGCCAAGAUAGCCAGAUUAACCAAACGUUUUGGAGCAGCCAAAGAUGAUCUUAAGAAAAGACAAGAAAGCCCUCCAAACCCACCCAUCUCACCAGGAAAGCCUGCCAAUGACGUCAACAGCAAUACUAAUAAUGUGACCUACAGAAAUGCAGGCACAGUGCGACAACUGCUGGAGUCCAAAAGAAAUGUUAGCGAGGGCCCACCACCAUCCUUUCAAACUCCUGUGAAUACAGUGUCUUCAGCCAGCCAUGUCACUUCUUCAGCAGUUGUCAGUAGUCAGCCUAAACUGCAGACCUCAGCGACCUCAGGCUCUCUGCCGGCAGCACCUCUUCUUCCUGCGCCCAGCACAGCCACCGUAGUUGCCACUACUCAGGUGCCUAGUGGGAACCCUCAGCCUGCCAUCUCUCUGCAGCCCUUGCCAGUGAUUCUGCACGUGCCCGUUGCGGUAACCUCUCAGCCUCAGCUCUUGCAAAGCCAUCCAGGGACUUUAGUGACCAACCAACCGUCUGGCAAUGUGGAAUUCAUAUCUGUGCAAAGCCAACCUACAGUGAGCGGUCUUACCAAAACUCCAGUGUCCUUGCCACCCUUGCCAAACCCCACUAAACCAAACAUUCCGUCAGUGCCCAGUCCUAGUAUUCAGAGGAACUCUUCAGCCACCGCUGCACCUCUGGGAACAACACUUGCUGUACAGGCCGUUCCAACUGCACAUUCUAUUGUGCAAGCCACAAGGACUUCUCUGCCCACAGUUGGCCCUUCAGGACUAUAUAGCUCGUCAAGCAAUCGAGGCCCAAUACAGAUGAAAAUCCCAAUAUCAGCUUUUAGCACUUCAUCUUCUGCAGAACAAAAUAGCUCUGCCACCCCAAGAAUUGUUGCAGAAAAUCCGACAAGCAAAACAGUAGAUUCUUCUGUUAAUAAGAAAGCAGCCGAUAGCACAUCACAGAGUGGAAAAGCUUCUAGCAAUGACUCAGGUGGUGUCAUUGAUCUCACGAUGGAUGAUGAAGAGAGUGGAACUACACAAGACCCCAAAAAGAUAAGUCCUCCUUCUGCGUCGACUGUGAGCACUUCUCAGCCCAUGUCUCGACCGUUGCAGCCCAUCCUACCAGCACCACCUCUUCAGACAUCUGGGGUGCCUACAAGUGGGCCAUCUCAGGCAACUAUCCACGUUCUGCCUACAGCUCCAACCACCGUGAAUGUAACACAUCGUCCAGUAACUCAGGUGACCACAAGACUCCCUGUACCAAGAGCUCCUGCAAACCACCAAGUGGUUUAUACAACUCUCCCAGCACCAACCACUCAGGCGCCCCUACGAGGAACUGUUAUGCAGGCUCCUGCUGUCCGCCAGGUCAAUCCUCAAAAUAGUGUUACGGUUCGAGUGCCUCAGACAACCACGUACGUUGUAAACAAUGGACUGACCCUAGGAUCAGCAGGGCCCCAGCUCACGGUGCAUCACAGGCCACAACAAGUGCACAAUGAGCCCCCACGCCCUCUUCACCCAGCGCCCUUACCAGAAGCCCCACAGCCACAGCGUCUACCCCCGGAAGCUGCCAGCACUUCUCUGCCUCAGAAACCACACUUGAAGUUAGCUCGAGUUCAGAGUCAGAAUGGAAUUGUUCUAUCGUGGAGCGUCCUAGAAGUGGACCGAAGCUGUGCUGCUGUUGACAGCUACCAUCUCUAUGCUUACCACGAGGAGCCCAGUGCCACCGUGCCCUCACAGUGGAAGAAGAUUGGGGAAGUCAAAGCCCUGCCCUUGCCGAUGGCUUGCACUCUCACGCAGUUUGUGUCUGGCAGCAAGUACUACUUUGCAGUGCGCGCCAAGGACAUUUAUGGCCGCUUUGGGCCUUUCUGUGACCCUCAGUCCACGGACGUGAUCUCUUCCUCCCAGAACAGUUAGACCUUGAAGUCCUUUAGCUUCCACUUUUGAAAGGUUCAUAUUUUGGGCUUGUUUUUAAUCUUGUGCAUGAAAUUCAAUGUAAAAAUCUACCUUGUGCAAGAUCUCCCAGACAGAUGACUGUGUACACUACAUUUGUUUAUAACCAGAAGCAAAAUAAAUUCAGCCCAUAAAGCAAGUCUUCCCCUGAACAAUUCAAACUUCGGGGUUUUGAAAUGUAUAUUUAUUCCUUGCUUUCUGGUUUUGAGGCUGGGGAAUAUGAAUGGGUGAUUGUGUGUUUUCUUCCUUUCUUUGAAUUUUUAAAUUUCUACUUGUGUGUUAUCACAGUGCGAUCUCCCGUUUUCCUCUCAGAUUUGCCACUCUUCCAGCAGGAAGUGCAUUGGUGAGUGAAUCUGAGGUGCAGAGCUGGUGGGAUUCUGCCUUGAGAGGAGGCUAGAAGAUCAAAGAAUCUAAAUAGAACCCAAAGAAGGAAGGAAGGGAAAGAAAGAAAAAAAAGAAAGAUAAAUAUUUAGCUUAAAGUAGAUGAAUUGGAGCAGAGGAAAUAUUCCCUUUGUUUUCUUUGAUUUCUUCUGAGUUGCUGACAAGGGAACACUGGCCUACCCUCAUUCCAAGUUCCUAAUCUGGCUUCUCCUUUUGUGUUUGUGCCUUAACUACAGAAGUCCACGGACCAGGUGUCCAUUGUCGUAAAUUCCUCUUUCAGCUUCCAUUGGUUCUUCAUUGCCACCAAAACCCCAACACCCUUUAAGCGUUUUAGAAGCAAGGUGUGGAUGUAUGUUCUCAUCCUCCGUGACAUUGCUACAUUCAGCUCCAAAGUUGUGACUUACUGUUAUGUUUUAAGAACAUAUUUUUAUUUUUGUCCAUCUUUUAACUCUGCAUAAAAUAGGCCAUAUCAUUUAAGAACAUUUUUCUUUAAGCCUGUUUAAUAUCCAUGUUACAUUGUUAGAGAAUCUGAAGGAGGUCAGGUUCAGGUUCAUCUCAGCACUUGUGGGUAGUUUCCUUUCAAAGGCAGUGCUUGUCAGAAUUCAGGAAUAACCAGGAGAAAGCUCAGUUCCUCUCGAUUCUCAGGAGGUCCCUCCUGCUUUAGUCUAACUAUUUUGGUGGUGCCUAGUGGACUCUGAUUUCAUCAGGUUUGAGUAGAGCCUAAACGCUAUCCUUUGGGUCAUUCCACACUUCGGGUAGAUCUGCUUGCUUUGCUAUUUCUCAUUCCUUCAGAACGUUACUAGACUCAGGCUCAGCCUUGCAUUUCCAAGGCAGCUGCAGGGAGGCAGGCAGGUGCUUUCGAGACCUGAGGGGGAGGACAGACAUUUAGGGAUGAGUCAGGUGUCUGGAGUCUGAAGGCACUGUUGAGCUGUCAUAUUUCUACCUUCACAAGCUGCAUCGGCUUCGCUUGUCCUGCCCCGUUCCCUUCGUGUAUUUGCCUCUAUGUUGGCUUACAGGAGGGACUGUAAAGAGGGUUAUAAAGAAAUUGCCUUUGGUGACUUCACGGGGGUGGAGGGGUGGGGGAUAGCAUUCUGUCAUCGGUGUGAACUUUAGUUAAUGAAGGAGGCCUACGGUUGCCAAAGUGUAAAUGCUCCUAACUGUCCACUCUGAGAAAAAGGAGACCACAUAGGAAUCACUUUCCCACAGGUUAAGCUUGGGGAGCAGUCAUGAAGCUAGGACUACUAAGAUUGAUGAUCAUGGCAACAGUUGUUGCCAGGGUUCCUUCCGGCAAUAAGGAUUAAAAGGAAGAAAUGACUUUGUAACGGUGUGUGAGCACCUCUCUGUACUAAGUGUGUUUCUGUCUCGUGGAUACAGUGUUGGUCUGGAUACUGUGGGUACAGUGUUGGUUCAACAUCAUUCCUUUCUGUAGUAGAAAGUGCAUAUUCAAAAUGGUUUUCACUGGCUGGUCUGCUGACUAGCUAAUGAAAGUUUCUCUGGAUGGAUAAUAUGUUUGUUUAUAUUCAAUAGUUAUUUUAUAUUUAGUAGUUCUUUUUUAAAAAGUUUUCAUAGUAUUAUAUAAUCAUGUGAAGAAAGCCCAGUGGAAUUAAUAUUAUUGGUUUGGCUUUUACUUGGGUGUUUUUUGUCAAAAGAAAAAAAAAAAUCCCAAAUAAUGGCUCCAGAUGUAGAUUUUUCUGCAGAACGUAAUUGCUGAGAACUGUUUAUUCCAGAUUGGAAAGAAGGUAUAGACAGAGGCUGCAAUUGUUAAGAGGGAAAUGCACUUGUGGGGAGUCUCCUCAGAUAACCUACCGUGAUGCUUUCUUUGGGCAGUAGCCAUGUUGGGUUCCCUGAAUGUGCUCAACUUAUGAGAGGCAAAAUGGAGGUGCUGAGGGCCAUUGGCUUGGCUGUCUGUGGGGGAGAGUGGGGGACUUUUUCCUCCCUGAUAUCUCUUCUCAGAGUAUUAUAAAUAAGCUCAGUUGUCCCAUUUUUGGGGAUUCAAGUUUGCUACAUUUUUAGCCUGACAAUAUUGGUAAGUAUUGUCUUACUGGGACUCCUGGAAACUUCUGCCGUUUCUGGAUGAAGCGUCAGCUGUUUCUAUAGUAACUAGCGGUAACAGCUGUGUGUGUCACUCUCGCCUUUGCACUUUGUCUGAGUACUUUUCACCCUGUUUUAAGUGUGAGUAAGCCUCUCUGUGGUUUUGCUAAUGGCAUACAAAGACAGCUUGUUGUAACAGUUCACUUUGCAAGGUGACUGUGUCCCUCUUUUCUCCAGGCUCGAUUCUUUUAAAUCUGUAGAGUGCUUUGUGAACUGUGUGAUGCAGUUUGACUUUAUGUUGAAAGGAAUAGAGCUUUCUUCCUUGGAAAUAAAGGAUAGCAUUUGGGAUAGCAUUAGCCUUUCAGAGGUGUUCUCCCCCAAGCCUCCCCCCCCCCUGCACUCCCAAGCCCCCAAGCCAGAUAAAGGAUACCUUUGCAAGCAUGAGGAGAAGCCAGCCUGGGGCAUCUCUUCAGAACGCUCCUCCAAUGUUGCACAGGUGUUCUGGUGGCUUGCUCCAGCUGCUUUAAAUAUCCUCAGAAUUACCACUUAGUGUGAUGCGGCAGGCACAAGGUCAUUUCCCGUGAGUCUCCCAGUACUGUCUAUGAUUUAGAAUGCUCUGUGUGGCUUCCUCUCUUGACAUGCUGUGAUUUCACCCCAUAGGUACUACAAAGAAAACCUUCCACGCAUUUUCCUGACUCCUCAGGCCUUGCAGUAUCCUCAGUAUGAUUAUUUUUCCCACUUGCCUGUGAUUGGGUGGCCUGUUUGAUUCUCAUGAAACUACACAUGUCCUUGUGGAAUAGACAAUAACUGUGUAAUCAUGUGCGAUUCUGUAUUCCUUAAUUAUUUUCAGGACAAAUGGCUUUAAAAAAUACUUAAGGGACACACAGAGAUUAGAGCAAUUAUGAGGGGUUGGUUGGAGUAGGAGACUUAAUUCGUAAAGCUCAUCCCCUUGAUCCAGCUUGAGGGAGGAGCUGAAGUCACUGCUCCCAUGUGCAAACGACUCUGUCAGGUUUGAGCUUUUGUUGUUUUAUAUAUAUCGAUAGCUGAGUACCUAUCAUUUAAAUAUUUAAAUGUGUAUUCUCUCCUUUUUUCUUUUUGUAAAUAAGGGAACUAAGCAAUCCAACACCUUCUGGGGGAUCCUAGCUUGAGGAUUUUAUCAACCAUUUCAAAUGUAAAUGUAAAAAUAAAUCCCUGUAGGGAACUCGCAUCCUAAUUUCUGUUUGUUGUAGUUGGAAAUGUAAAUAAUAAGAUGCUGUAAGACCCUCCUAAGGUUUAAUGCUAACUGGGCUGUAGCAGGUUGGGUGCCCUAUUUUUAUUAGGUUUUGAAGUUUUAAUUUUCUUUCCUCAAUGUACAGUAGAGUGGUGUCCGUGUAAGUGUCAACUGUAGUGGGGUUUGUCCAGCAAGUCUGAACUUUAUACUUUGAAAUAAAUGACUGGGUUUUUAACA